GCUGACCAUCCACAUUCUUACUUUGGGCUUAAACCUUCAUCUAACAUGCUCAAAACUUCACUCUCGCUAAAUCUCCUCAACCCUUUCCCUCUAAAAUUCAAAAACUUUCCCACCAUCCAAACACAACCAUUCAGCAGCUCCUUCUCCUCUCUCUUAGACCUCUGCACCAAACCACAGCUUCUUCAACAAGUACAUGCCAGGUUCAUCCUCCAUGGCCUCCACCAGAACCCCUUGCUCUCGUCCAAACUCAUUAACUGUUAUGCCAAUCUGGGCCACCUCAAUCUCUCCCAACAAGUUUUCAUUUCUAUCUCCAACCCAGAUUCGGUUGUCCACAACGCAAUCCUCAGAAACCUUUCAAAGUUUGGUGAAUCCAAGAAAGCCCUUUUGGUGUACCAAGAAAUGGUUAUGAAAUGUAUGUAUCCAGAUGAAGGUACCUACCCUUUUGUGUUGAAUUCCUGUUCUCGUCUCUCGGAUGUUGAAUACGGAAAAAGGGUUCACGGGCAGGUGGUUAAACUGGGCUUUGAUUCUUACGAUUUGGUGGGUAAUGCUUUGGUGGAAAUGUACCGGCGUUGUGGAGAUUCUGGGAAUUUGCAAGAACCGGUGGAGGGAGAGGCUAUUAACGAUUUGGCUUAUUGGAAUUCUUUAAUUUUUGAGGCUUAUCAAAAUGGAAAUGCUCAAGAGAGCUUUCGGGUUUUCAAGAGGAUGAGAAUGCAGAGACUUGAACCGGAUUCAGUUACUGUAAUCAAUUUGUUAAGAUCCAGCGUGGUUUUGAAUUCAUUGAAAGCAGGAAAAUUUAUUCACUGUUUGGUUGUUGUGGGCUACCUGUGUGAAAAUUUGUCUGUGAAUACUGCUCUGUUGAGUAUGUACUCUAAAUUCAGCAGUUUGGAGGAUGCCAGGUUGUUAUUCGAGAAAAUGCCUGAAAGGGACUGUGUUGUGUGGAAUAUAAUGAUAUCAGCAUAUUCCCAAAAUAGCUACCCUAAGGAAACCCUGGAACUUUUAAUCCAGAUGGGGAGAUGUGGGGUUAGAGCCGAUUUGUUUACUGCAAUUCCAGCUACGUCUUCCAUUGCAGAACUGAAAUGUCUUGCAUGGGGAGUACAAAUGCAUGCCCAUGUGAUAAGGAAUGGUUUGGAUUAUCAAGUGUCAGUUCAUAAUUCUUUGAUUGAUAUGUAUUGUAAAUCCAAUCGAUUAGAAGCUGCACAAAAAGUUUUUGAUUUGGUGAAAGACAAGACUGUGGUUUCAUGGAGCUCAAUGAUCAAAGGAUAUGUAAGCCAUGAGAGAUCUCAUGAUGCUUUGUCACUCUUCACCAAGAUGAAAUUGGAUGGUUUUAAAGUUGAUCGUGUUACAAUAAUUAAUGUCUUGCCCGCAUGCGUGAAUCUGGGGGCAUUAGAACAAGUGAAAUACCUUCAUGGAUAUUCAGUCAAAUCCGGUCUAAACUCAACAUCUUCCAUGAAUUCAGCACUCCUCAUGAGCUAUGCAAAAUGUGGGUGCAUAGAUAUGGCAAGGAACCUCUUUGAUGAAGAGGAACUAGAUGGUAAGGAUGUGAUCACUUGGAACUCUAUGAUCAGUGCAUAUUCGAAGCAUGGAGAGUGGUCUGAAUGCUUUGUGCUGUACAACAAAAUGAAGCAAUCAGGACUGAAACCAGAUCGAGUAACCUUUCUUGGGUUAUUGACUGCUUGUGUUAAUUCAGGUCUUGUGAGAAAAGGGUGGGAGUGUUUGAAGGAGAUGACAGAAACCUAUGGCUACCAACCCAACCAGGAACACUAUGCUUGCAUGGUGGAUCUUCUAGGGCGUGCAGGACAUAUCAGUGAAGCUGAAGAGCUAAUAAAAACUAUGCCCUUCAAACCUGAUGCUCGGGUUUGGGGCCCAUUGUUGAGCGCUUGUAAGAUGCAUUCAGAAACAGGACUUGCAGUAUUUGCGGCUGAGAAGCUCGUAAGUAUGGAACCAAAAAAUGCCGGAAACUACAUUUUGCUCUCUAACAUCUAUGCUGCAGCAGGGAAGUGGGAUGGAGUUGCUAAGAUGAGAAGUUUUCUUAGGGAUAGUGGUUUGAAGAAAACCCCUGGCUGUAGCUGGCUGGAGAUAAAUGGGCAGGUGCAUGAAUUUCGUGUUGCUGAUCGAUCUCAUCCAAUGUCGGUCAACAUAUAUACCAUCUUAGGAAAUCUGGAGCUGGAAAUCAAGGAGGCUAGAGAUUUGGGAAGACAAUCUUGGAACUGAUUUUGGCCUUGAAGAGAGCAGAGAUCAGAGUUCACCUCAGGACAGACAACACAGGAAAUAGUAUAUGUCGAGGUUGGAACACAUGAGCAACCAAUUUUUUAAAAGCUUAAAGCUUAUAAGAUUUGAGUACAUAAUAUGUAUCAGAGACUCUCCAAUUCUCAUCAGGCAUCUGGACCAUCUCUGGCUGCCAUUUUUUUUUGUCUGAUUGCAGGUUGGAAACAUGUCGAGUUUUAUACUACCAUAAUGCUAACCCAUAGAGAAAGUUUCUUUGCACUAAUUCAUAGUUCAUACUAGUGUUUUAAGGAACAAUUUUAAUUGUAUCACAUUUUCUUCGUAUGCUGUUUCUUCUCAACGUUG